UUAUGGAAAGUCAAUUUGAAGCACAACACUGUUGUAAAGAAACGUUACAUGAAUAUAUAUAAAUGAAUCUUAGAUAUUAAAAACUUACUUUGAUGGUAGUUGCUUCUGUAUUUAUCUUUGAGGAAAUAUGACAGUAUAGAGUUAAAUGACAGAUUAGCAGUUAAAGUAUUACAAAAUAAAUACAUGUUUUAAAACAUUGGCAAAACAUUUGUAUAUUCACAUGUAUGUCUCCGUCCUUCAAAAGUUUCUUGAAAGGACUCGUUUGCAUUUUCUUUGAACACAAGGAGCAAGUUUGCAAGCCAUUCAUUGCUUUUAGGUUAUUUGAAUAGUUAAAUUAAGAUUUGAUUGCCAAAUGUGUCUGGCCUGCUUAUAAGAAAAUCAUUAAAACCUGUAAUAUAAAAAAAUGCAUUUAGGACUUUAAAAAAAAAUCCCUUGUUUACUCAUUUAUUUCAAACAUUGCUUUAAUUGCUUUAAAGUUUAUUGGUUUCAGCUGUUUUUAAUAUGUGCAAUCAUUAUUUUUGCAUUAACAAAAAACCUUGACUAAUAACUUAACAUACUUCCCUCAGAGCAGUCCAUUGGGUUAUUUUGAGCAUAUAUCUUUCUUUUACUGUAUAUGAAUAACAGAUGGGAUCAGUCAGAGGAGGGAAGGAGAGGGUUAAUGCUGCUUUCUUUUAACAAAGGUCUUUUACACCUAUGUGAACAGACGGUCACUCAUUCUCAAGGACAGCACGACAAAGAGCCAGACGGGACAAAGCUAAAGUCACUAUGCUGUACUUUUUCUGCUUCAUUCUGCUUCUAGACAGUGUAGAAAAUGCAGCCGUCAGUAAAAUCACUGUGACCAGUGAAGUUCCCGUGAGGUUGGUGGACGGUAGUAAUGCUUGUUCUGGACGGGUUGAGAUUUACAAGGACAGCGAAUGGGGCACCAUUUGUGAUGAAGGGCUGGAUGAUGUCGAAGGCAACUUGGUCUGCUAUGAGGCAGGUUGCGGUCCACUCAUAUCUAUACAGCCUAGUGCUUACUUUGGGGAGGGUUCCGGAACGUUACUAACGGAUGACCUGAACUGUUUUGGGAACGAGAGCUCGGUGCUCGACUGCAUUUGGGGGAACCACACCGACGUGUGUGACCACAUGAGAGAUGCUGGAGUCAUCUGUGACUCCACCUUUAGGUUACAAGGUGGCAGCGGCAUGUGUUCAGGGAGAGUGGAGAUUUUCCACAACAGACAGUGGGGAACGGUCUGCGACACCACCUGGGAUCUCUUGGACUCAACAGUGGUGUGUAAAGAACUUGGCUGUGGAAGCCCUAUAGCUGUAUACUAUAAUGCUUAUUUCGGGAAAGGAACAGGUCCAGUGUGGAUGGAUGGCGUCAGUUGCACUGGUCGGGAGAGUUUGCUGGAAGAUUGUGCGUUUAGCGGUUGGGGGGUGACCACUUGCACACAUGCGGAUGAUGCUGGAGUCACCUGUUUAGAGUUUAUGCUUGCAGAUGGACUAAACACUUGCUCCGGGAGGGUGGAGGUCCUGUAUGAACAUUUUGGGUGGGGAACCGUUUCAGCCAAUGGCUGGAAUUUGUUGGGUGGAGAUGUGAUCUGCAGACAGAUGGAUUGUGGAAGUGCACUGAGCGUCAACGGUGAAUCUGCUUUUGGGAAGGGUUCAGGUACGACGUGGCUGUUUGAUACCGCAUGCACGGGAACUGAAAUCUCUCUGAAAACAUGCAUUUCAGACUAUGAGAAAAAGAGUUCACACAACAAUGAUGCAGGAGUGGUCUGCAGAGGUAAGUGUGAGCAACAGACAGCGACCUACGACGAUUACGUCAAGACCGCACGCAAAAUGCAAUGUGAAUUCAUCAGAAUUUUUCUCCUUUCAGAGGUGAAACUGGUACAUGGCCAAAAUUUUUGUCAUGGGACAGUGCAGGUCCGUUAUACUGGAGAUUGGGGCACAAUAUGUCACUACAGUUGGGAUCCACUGGAUGGUAUUGUGUUGUGCCGAGAACUCGGCUGUGGCCCUUUUAAAGCAGCAUAUGCCUCAGCUUAUUAUGGGAACGGCACAGGGAACAUACUGAUGGAUAAUGUUCUGUGUACCGGGAGUGAGUCCUCGCUAAAGGACUGCAGUUACUCUACGUCUGUAAACAGCCUCUGUACGCAUUCACAAGAUGCUGGAGUUGCCUGCGGAGGUAAAUUCAAACAAAAACAGGUUUCAAAAAUGAACAAAUUGAGAUUGGUAGAUGGAGACAGCAUUUGUUCUGGAAGGGUGGAGGUUCUUAAAAACAACCAGUGGGGGUCUGUCUGUGGCGACAGCUGGGAUAUGACUGACGCUAUAGUUGUCUGUAGAGAGCUGGGCUGUGGAGAUCCGGUAGAGGUAAAAACAGGUGCUUACGGAAGUGGUAUUGGACCAAUAUGGAUGGAUGAUGUGAAAUGUACAGGCAAUGAGGCCAUGCUGAAGAACUGCAAGUUCAACGGAUGGGGAGUUCACAACUGUGAUCACGCAAGCGAUGCAGGGGUCGUCUGCCGAGAGGUACGGUUGGUGAAUACAAACAACAAGUGUCAGGGCACAGUGCAAGUGUACCAUGAUGGCCAGUGGGGCACGGUCUGCCACAACAGCUGGGAUCUCGCAGAUGGUGUAGUGCUCUGUAGAGAGCUGGGCUGUGGUGGGAACGCACAGCCUUUGGCAAGUGCUUAUUUUGGGCCCAGUGAUGGGCCGAUAUGGAUGGAUUCCCUCAGAUGCAAAGGUGCCGAGUCAAAUCUGAGGAAAUGCCAGUUUGGUGGGUGGGGAAACCAUCAAUGCAUUCAUGCAUAUGAUGCAGGAAUCAUCUGCAGAGAGAUUAGAAAUGUACUCCGGAUUGAGGUUAGCGCUGACUCUGGCGACCCCAACAACCCUUUACAAAUGACAAAACUACUGAGCAAAAUCAAGGAAGAGCUCAAAAACACCGGAAAUUUCUCUGUCAAGUGGAGAACUCAGUCGAAUGGGCAAGUGUUUCAGGAAAAGAAAAUGUUUGAUCCCUGUUCACCAGUGAAGCCUCACUCCCAGUACACUGUGCACCAUCUAUCCAUACUGGUCCUACUCCUGGUCCGAAAUAAGCAGCACUCUGUGCCUCAAUCACACUGCCACAAUCCAGUUCUUUACACACCACUUCAGCAUCUGUUAGAUCCCAGCCAUUAUCACACACUGUUCCCCACUGACCAUCAUAAAGAGCCUCCACUCGUCCAGAACAAGAGCUCCAUAACCGUCACUAGUGGAAUCAGAUUAGUGAAUGGAGACUCUUGUUCUGGACGAGUGGAGGUUCUUUAUAAUAGAACACGGGGAACAGUGUGUGAUGAUGGCUGGGAUCUACCAGACGCUGCAGUGGUGUGUAGAGAGACGGGUUGUAGGGAUGCUAUAGAGGCAAAAAGUGGUGCUUAUUUUGGCCAGGGAUCAGGACUGAUAUGGAUGGAUGAUAUACAGUGUGAUGGGAAUGAAUCUGCACUAAAUGAAUGUUCCUCAGAUGGAUGGGGAACACAGAAAUGUAACCAUCAACAAGAUGAUGGAGUCAUCUCUGUCAAGUUGGUGAAUGGCAUCAACUCUUGUUCUGGAAGAGUGGAGGUACUUUACAAUGGAACAUGGGGAACAGUGUGUGAUGAUGACUGGGAUCUAACAGAUGCGGCAGUGGUGUGUAGAGAGAUUGGCUGUGGGAAUGUAACUGAGGUGAAGAGUGCUGCUUAUUUUGGGCAAGGGACAGGACAGAUAUGGUUGGAUGAUAUACAAUGUGUUGGGAUUGAAUCUACAUUGAAUAUCUGUUUAUCAAAUGGAUGGGGAAAACACAACUGUAGCCAUCGACAAGAUGCUGGAGUCAUCUGCCAAUGUGAGUCAAAAUAUUCAAUGAAUUUUAUGUUGGUGAAUGGAGACAACAAGUGUUCUGGAAGAGUGGAGGUUUUUCACAGUAGAGGAUGGGGAACAGUGUGUGAUGAUGACUGGGAUCUAUCGGAUGCGGCAGUGGUGUGUAGAGAGGUGGGAUGCGGGAAUGUGAUAGAGGCAAAGGGUUUUGCUUAUUUUGGGCGAGGAUCAGGACAAAUAUGGAUGGAUGAUGUAAACUGCAAUGGAAUUAAGUCCUCACUGAUGAACUGUGCGACACGUGGAUGGGGAAUACAUGACUGCAUACAUGAUGAAGAUGCUGGAGUCAUCUGCAGCUAUGUCAAGCUGGUGAAUGGUGAAAACUGUUCUGGACGAGUGGAGGUUCUCCAUAAUGGAACAUGGGGAACAGUGUGUGAUGAUGACUGGGAUAUAAAAGAUGCUACAGUGGUGUGUAGAGAGAUUGGCUGUGGAAAUGCUACAGAGCUGCUGCUGCUGCUGCCACCACCAGUCCUCAAAGAAACGAACGUUGUACGUCACAAUGACUACACCUAUAUCAACGAUUCAAAAAGCUGGAUCGAUGCACUAGGAUACUGCCAAACUCACCACCAGACACUGGCGCACAUUUUAAAUACCACGGCACACAAGUACAUCACAAAAAUGCUGCAGGAUAAAGAAAUCACUGAUGGAGUAUGGAUCGGGCUUGAACGGACCGCUAUGCUGUGGUUCAUGCAAUUCUUUCUGCUUUUAGCAUGUAUAGGUUUUACAACUGCCAUUAGUACAGAUGAACUCAGACUGGUGAAUGGCAGUGACUCUUGUUCAGGACGAGUGGAGGUUUUUCAUAAUGGAAUAUGGGGAACAGUGUGUGAUAACGGCUGGGAUCUAACAGAUGCGGCAGUGGUUUGUAGAGAGGUGGGCUGUGGGAAUGUGAUUGAGGCAAAGCGUGGUGCUCAUUUCGGUCAGGGAUCAGGACAAAUAUGGAUAAAUGAUGUACAAUGUGGAGGGAAUGAAUCUACACUGCGUAACUGCUCAUCAGAUAGAUGGGGAACAUGCCGCUGUAGCCAUCAACAAGAUGCUGGAGUCAUCUGCCAGUGUGAGUUAAAAAUAUCCUUACAAUUUGAGCAUAACAAUAAUAACACUUUUGGGAAAAAUAAUAAAUAAAUUUUGUCUUGUUUGUGGAUAAUAGCUGUCCGGUUGAUGAUGGGUGACAACUCUUGCUCUGGACGGGUUGAAGUUCAUUAUAACAGAACGUGGGGAACAGUGUGUGAUGGUGACUGGGAUAUAAAAGAUGCUGCAGUGGUGUGUAGAGAGAUUGGCUGUGGGGAUGCUAUAAAGGCAACACGUGGUGCUUAUUUUGGACAAGGAUCAGACCAAAUCUGGAUGGAUGACGUAAAGUGUAAUGGGACUGAGUCUAGUCUACAGAGCUGUCAGUCAAAUAGAUUGGGAAUACAUAACUGUCGACAUCAGAAAGAUGCUGGAGUCAUCUGCAAUGUAUCUGUCAGGUUGGUAAAUGGUGACAACUCUUGCUCUGGACGUGUGGAGUUUCUUCAUGACGGUCAGUGGAAAACAGUGUGUGAUAAUGACUGGGAUCUAACAGAUGCCAAAGUGGUGUGUAGAGAACUGGGAUGUGGGAGUGUCGUAGAUGCAAGUCACGCUUAUUUUGGCCAGGAGUCAGGACAAAUGUGGAUGAACGUACAAUGUACUGGAGUAGAAUCUACUUUGAAGAGCUGCAGACAUGACAAUACCUCCUGUAGAGGUAAAAAAGGUGCUGGAGUCAUCUGUCAGCCUGCUAUCAUGGUCAAUGGCAGCCUUUCAUGUUCUGGAAGAGUGGAGGUUCGCCACAAUGGUCAGUGGGGAACAGUGUGUGAUGAUGGCUGGGAUCUGACAGAUGCUGAAGUGGUGUGUAGAGAGAUGGGAUGUGGCAAUGUGACAGAGAUAAAAAGUGUUGCUUAUUUUGGACAAAGAUCAGGACCAGUAUGGAUGAGUAAUGUGAGCUGUAAUGGAACAGAGUCUACACUGAAGAACUGUGCAUUCAGUGGAAGAGUUCAACAAAAGUGUAGCCAUGAAAAAGACGCUGGCGUUAUCUGUGGACCCAAACUUCGACUGCAGAAUGGUUUCAGCUCUUGCUCUGGAAGAGUGGAGGUUCUGCAUAAUGGAACGUGGGGAACAGUGUGUGAUGAUGGCUGGGAUUUAACAGAUGCUACAGUGGUGUGUAGAGAGAUUGGCUGUGGGGAUGCUUUAGAGGCAAAAAGAGGUGCUUUUUUUGGCAGUGGCUCAGGACCAAUAUGGAUGAAUAAAGUAAAUUGUUAUGAGAAAGAGCAAACUCUAAAGAGAUGUAGAUCAUCUGGAUGGGAUGUACAGAACUGUAGUCAUUCUAAAGAUGCUGGAGUCAUCUGCCAAUAUGACUAUACCUAUAUCAACGAUUCAAAAAGCUGGAUCGAUGCACUAGGAUACUGCCAAACUCACCACCAGACACUGGCGCACAUUUUAAAUGCCACGGCACACAAGUACAUCACAAAAAUGCUGCAGGAUAAAGAAAUCACUGAUGGAGUAUGGAUCGGGCUUGAACGGAGUAUGCUCUUUGCUUGUUCGCCCUGGCUGUGGACCGGUGGGCCGUAUGUGGAGUAUGCCUCGUGGCAUCAAGAGUAUGCAAAGGACCCAGGGAGCAAGUUUUGUGGAAAACUUCUUAAGGAAAAACCAAACAGGUUUGGCUGGAUAGAUGCUUGCUGCCAUGAGCGCCUGCCUUUCAUCUGUCAGGGAUGAAACACUAGAUGGAGCUGUUUCCUAUGCUGGAGUCGGUUGCUGACUAUCACAGAAAUUGAGUCAAGAUGCCAUGUUUUUGCUUUGUUUCUAAACAAGCUGUGUGAACUUAUAACAGAAACUAUUAUUUGCAUUACAAACUAAUUUCUCUUCUUUAUAUCAGCUCUUAAAUCUUCCUUCUUUGAAUUGUACAGCUGAUUGAACAUCUUUAUACUAAAAUGUUAUAUAUAGCUCAUAAAACUUUAAAGCAAAUGUUAGUUCUGUGCACCUAUGAAUGGUUUGAGUUUUUUUUUUUAAAUUAAUGAUUGAGGUUCUUUUACUCAUUUCAUUUUUUUAUUUACUUUUUUUUAUUGCCAAUUUAAUUAAAAAUGUA